AGUACAAUUUGCAUUAAAUAUUAAAAUUAUAAAGAAGUUAAGGAGUGUAAAAAAUAUUUGAUAAGUUAUAACAAAAAUACAAAGAAAAAUGUCAACUAGUAUUUUGGUUUUAUUAUUUUUUUGUGCUGUAAAAGAAAUUUCCAGCAUUGACUUUGAUGCGGUAAAAGAAGAAAUGUUCAAGACAAACCAUCUAUUGGAACAACUAAACAUUCCUGAACGAAAAGAAGUAGUUUUUAUCAUGGCUAAGAAUACUGAAAAAACAUAUAAUAAUAUAAACUCUUAUUUUCUUCCAUCAAGCGAUGACUUGCGUGGUAUAGUACUUAUAGAACGAAUUAUUCAAAAUUAUCUCCAGUUAUAUUUUAAACAAAUAAAUCGUAAAAUAAAAACACCUGAUCAUUUAAAUACAUCUUUGUUUGACGAAUUUGAAAUACGAUACGAUUUAAUGACAAAUGUCUUUGUUGUUUCAAAAAAUUUAUUCGAUGUAUUAUGUAAUAAUACAUUAUUAAAAUCAAUGCGAUCCGGACUAAAAAGAUCAGUGCGGACAGAACAGUUAGUGGAGCCUAGACAAAAUUUGAUUAUUGGAACCUCAGGGUUUUUAUUUUUAAAUGAAGGCGAUAAGUAGGCCAUUUGAUGGCUACCCCUCUUUGAGGAAUUUUUAUAGAUCAUUUCAUUAAACACAUUGAAUUCAAAAAUUAAUUAUAAAAUAAAAUUAAUAAAUAAUUUAACCAUUUAUAUUAUUAGCUAAAUCUUGGUGAAUUUUAAGUAUAAAAAUAUAACAUUAAUGUUGGCUACUAAUAAAUGAAAUCAAAAUUAUGCAUAUUUAUAUCUCAUAUAUUUUAAUAAUUUUGUAUUUACGUCUAAGACACGGGGCCGGGUGCAGUCGCACAAAUUCACCGUCC